CAAAAAGCACUCGAAAGAGGGCUUUGUAAUCUCGCGAGAAUCUGGGAGCAUGGGCAGCAACUGCCUCUUUUGAUAGCUGAUUGGCUGUUCAGUAAGUGUGAGGUUGGUUGUGAGGUUGGCUGUGAGGCGUGGCAUUGGGCACUGGCAUUCUGCCCAAGCUCCAGAGGCGGUUGGAGGUACUGUCUUCCCCAGAGUCCAGAGACUGCCAGUGAGCUUCUGUGGAGAAGUCACCCCGUGAGUCCAACACACCUCUGCUUGUCGAGCCAUUAAACUCACCUAGUCCUCAAAAAAUGAUGAGUAAGGGUGGGUUUGGGAGCAAUGACAGCUUUUCUGGUGGUGACGGGGCUAGUGGAGCUAGUGGCAGCCAUGACCAAGCCAGAGCUCAGGACUUGGGGCUUCCUUUGACCAUGAUGAGCAGGCCUGGCAUUCACAGCAUUGUGCCUUGCUUCAUAAGCCAGUUGCUCACUGCCAUUGAGGUUGAUAAUGUGUUUAAGAUCAGGGGGUUUGCACUUCAUCGGGUCUCCAUCGUGGGGAUGAUCAUGGAGGCCAAGAAAGCUUCUCAGUAUAUCAUGUACAAGAUCGAUGAUAUGACCGCGAAGGGCAUUGAGGGCAGGCAGCCCCUGUCUCGAGAUAGAGUCAGGCAACCUGUGAUUCCGCUGCCAGUUGGAGUGUAUGCAAAAGUGCUUGGUGUCCUCCAGUCCUCGGAUGGAACCACACUGCUUGGGAUCCUGAGCAUCCGCGUUCUAGAAGAUAUGAAUGAGCUAUCCACACACACCCUGGAGGUCGUCAAUGUCCACAUGAUGCUGGAUCAAAGCCGUGAAGGCGUGACCCCAGGAAGGCAGCUCUUGACCCAGGCCCGAGCCCCCGUGUCAGUUGCCAGGGUUUCUAAGUAUUCGGGUCUUAAUUUCAUCCAUAAGGAAGUGCUGUUUCUGAUUCAAGAGUGUUCUCACCAGGAAGGGAAGGCUGUUACUGAGCUGCGAAGGGAGCUCCUUGGAGUUACUGAGGAAGCCAUCACUCAAGCCAUUGAGUAUCUGAUUAUGACAGGACACAUCUCUCCCACCAUAGAUCGCCAACACCUUAAAAUUGUUGGUUGAGAAAAAGAACGGAGUGCACUUUCUGAAGAUGUUUUUGUUCUGCUGUUUUGACUUUUAGGAAAUACUAUUUGUUUCGAAAGACAACGAAAAGUAAAAAACAAAAACAAAAACAAACAAAAAAACAAAAAACAAAACUGAGCGAAGUUCUCACCUGGCAUCUGUUAACAACGUGCUAUUUCUAGCUCUGUUGAACUUGUUCUGAAGGUAUUUGAGGAGUGUUGGACCCAAAGACUGGACUUUAGUACAGUUUCUUUCCAAAAUAGUAGAAAUACCCUAGGAUAGAUUUGUAAAAGAAAAAAAAUUGUGUCCAAAUUAGAAUUAUUUUUCCCGUUUCAAUUAAUUUUUGUUAUGUUAACUUUUCCUAAAUAUGAUACAAGAAAU